AUGCCGACUCCUGAGCCGGGGCCUGCAGCAGAGGAGGAGGAGGUGCAGAGCUGCGAGGAAGGAACCAGCGCCAACAAGAUGGAGAUGGAAAGCACCACCACCAACAUCCUGGCCUCUGUCAAAGAGCAGGAGCUCCAGUUUGAACGUCUGACCAGAGAGCUUGAGGUGGAACGGCAGAUCGUGGCCAAUCAACUGGAGCGCUGCAGGUUGGGGGCGGAGUCUCCAGGUGCUGCCACUGACAGUUCCUCUGAGAAAUCUCUGCUGUGGAGGUCAGCAGACUCUUCGGCGGCAGGUUUGUCCAAGCUGCAUGCCUCAGAUGACUGCCCUUCACCUACUUUCGCAAUUAGAGGGCAAAGGUCACCCUAUUCACCUGAACUGGAGCAAAUCUCCCUGCAUGAAAGGUCAGCAGCAAACUCACGCAGCUCAACACAGAUGAACUCGUAUUCAGACAGUGGCUAUCAGGAAGUGAGUGGUUACUAUAGCAACCUAGUGACCCCCAGGAGGUCAGAGGGACGGUCCCAGUCGACAAGCUCCGCCCCUAGUUUCAGUCCGAGCCUGGCCAUGGGGUCCAGGGCUGAGGGACAGGCGCUAGCGCAGAUGUCAGGUGGCCGUGUAAUGAGGCGUGUCAGUUCAGUGCCCUCUCGUGCCUCGUCUCCCGUCUACGCCCCCUCCCCGUCACCUUCUCGCCCUACCUUGGGAAGCCCUUACGGUUCGCCCAUCAUCUCUGAGCCCCGCCCACUGCCCAGCAUCUUCCCUGGCACCACGCUCCCUCCGUCCUCCGACCCGCUCCAGUCUGCGUAUCCUGGGCACCACAGGGACGGCAUGAGCUCCCCGACUCUGCUGCGCUCUGGCAUGACGGCGCAGCCACAGCACUACGGGACGCUGGGAAAACAUGACGCACAGGCAUACGACAACACACAUUCCUCGUUCGGGGCACGGGCAUACGAUUUCUUCGAGAGGAUCGUUCUUUCCAGACCAGACAGUCUUACAGGCCUGCAGAGCUCCUAUAGCCAACACAGCCAGCUUGGCCAGGAAACCCGAUCUCCGGACCACCACGGAGCCUCUGUCUAUGACGACAGAACCUUCCAAAACCCGCUGUACCAGAGCCCGACCCAUGGCUCUCAGAGCGGCCUGUCCAGGAACACGGGGUUAGGGACUCUGCCGAGGACCACUAGUCAGUGUAGUACCCUGCACUACCAGAGGGGGGCGUACUCCGUGCCCUCGCACACUGACACCUAUCGUGCCACCCUUUACCGAUCAACGGAGUCCAACUACAGCAGGCACGCAGUCGGCGGCAUCAACAACAACGUCGUUGCCACGCGAUCGCCAUCGAUAGACAGCAUUCACAAAGAUCCUCGGGAGUUUGCGUGGAGAGACCCCGAAUUGCCGGAGGUCAUCCGCAUGCUGCAGCAUCACUUCCCCUCAGUGCAGGCCAACGCUGCAGCCUAUAUUCAGCACCUGUGCUACGGAGAUAACCGCAUUAAGACUGAGGUGUGCCGGCUCGGGGGAAUUCAGCAUUUGGUCGAUCUCCUGGAUCACAAGGUUCUGGAGGUGCAGCGCAGUGCAUGCGGCGCUCUCAGGAACCUGGUGUUCGGCAAAGCCACCGACGACAACAAAGUGUGUGUGAGGAACGCCGGAGGAAUCCCGGCCCUGCUCCGGCUGCUGAGGAAAACCUCGGAAUCUGACGUGCGGGAGCUUGUGACUGGCGUGUUGUGGAACUUGUCGUCGUGUGAUGCUGUGAAGAUGACAAUCGUGCGCGACGCUCUCGGACCUCUCACCAACACGGUGAUUAUCCCUCACUCGGGCUGGGGCGCUGCCCCUCAGAGAGAGGACCACAAGCUCAAACUGCACUCCUCUGUGGUGCUGAGGAACACAACCGGAUGCCUCAGAAACCUGAGCUCGGCCGGUGAAGAGGCCCGCAGGCAGAUGCGCUGCUGUGAGGGUCUGAUCGAUUCCCUGCUAUACAUCAUCAAAACGUGUGUCAACACCUCAGACUUCGACAGCAAGAUUGUGGAAAACUGCGUGUGCACGCUGAGGAACCUGUCGUAUCGUCUCGAACUGGAGAUGCCACCCUCUCGGCUGAUGGGCACGCAGGAACUGGACGCGCUCCUGGGUAACGAUACGUCCAGCAAGCAAAUGGACUUCAUCUGCUGGGGUUUGAGGAAGAAGAAGAAGAAGAGGUCCUGGCAGGAUCAGCAGUGGGACGGUGUUGGACCCAUCCCAGGAUUCUCUGGGAGUCCGAAGGGGGCAGAGAUGCUUUGGCACCCGUCGGUUGUGAAGCCUUACCUCACCCUGCUGGCCGAGAGCUCGAACCCGGCCACGCUGGAGGGGGCAGCUGGGUCCUUACAAAAUCUCUCAGCAGGGACCUGGAGGUUUGCAGCUUAUAUCCGAGCAGCGGUGCGUAAGGAGAAGGGUUUGCCCAUUCUGGUUGAGUUGCUGAGGAUGGAUAAUGACAGGGUGGUGUGCUCCGUGGCUACGGCGUUGCGCAACAUGGCUCUGGAUGCCAGGAACAAAGAGCUGAUUGGGAAAUACGCCAUGCCGGAUCUGGUGACUCGCCUCCCGGGUCACGGUCCCUCGCUGCUCUCUGAUGAAACGGUAGCGGCGGUGUGCUGUGCCCUUCACGAGGUCACCAGCAGGAACAUGGAGAACGCGCGCGCACUCGCCCAAGUGGGCGGCAUCGAUAAACUCGUCAGCAUCAGCCGAGGUCGCGGGGAGAGAUAUUCCAUGAAGGUGGUGAAAGCUGCAGCGCAGGUUCUGAACACGCUGUGGCAGUACAGAGAUCUGCGCAACAUCUAUAAAAGGGACGGGUGGAACCAAAACCAUUUCAUCACUCCGGUGUCGACUCUGGAGCGAGACCGGUACCGAUCCCAACCCACGCUUCCUACGAGCAACUUACAGAUGUCACCUGUCAUCCAAUCAGGUGGUAGCGCCACUUCCUCCCCGGCUAUGUUAGGAAUAAGAGAGCAUCGGUUGAGUAAGAGGAGGGCUCAGUCUUCUAUGCAACUUCAUAACUAUUACGGAGAUGCCAACAGAAACAAAACUCUGUACACAGGGUCAGGAAAGCAUUCUGCCUAUUUCAUAAGCUCUUACCCCUCUCCUUCCCAUGAGGAACCUCACAGGUCACAGCUCGGACAGCUGUACUACUCAGACGAGCCGACUCAAAGGUCCUACGACACAUAUGGAAUGUACUUGGGGUCUCCGAUGGGUUACGACGACCCGUACCUGGACGAGCCGCUUCACUAUCCUGUCGUAAGCGAGAGGCAGGCGCUCAAGCGCAACACCAACUACGUGGACUUUUACUCCACCACACGCAGGCCUUCCUACCGCGCUCAGACCUACCCCGCAUCUCCAGACUCAUGGGUGUAGGCACGAGUGUGUGUGUGUGUGUGUGUGUGUGUGUUACAUCUAUCUGGUCAUGGUGAGAAGAUUUUAAUGCAGAAUUUAUCCCUACAAAGUUGUGCAAUGAAGGGAAUACCGAAGU